CGAGUGUUUCCUUCCGCCAUUGUUGAGGAAACGGUGUUAUUCUUCUGUGCGGGUUCACACCUACCAUCAUUGGAUAACAGCACUCGAAUCAUUCAGGUACUUAGCAUCCUGGAGGAGGAUAUAUAAGCGGGCGAAGUACUGUUUAUACAAACACUGCACUACCUCGUGUCCACACACAGACAGGGUAUUCUAGGUCGUCUGUGACUCUGACAGCGCACGCUUAGCCAUUUUUCGAUACGUCGCUUUUACUCCUAUAUCAACGGUCUCUCUCCUUUGGAUAGUUUUCACGCACAAGGAUUCCGUUUUUUUCCGGAAGCAAUGGCUGGUGCUGCAAAGUUCAGUUUUUCCGUGAGGAGCAUCCUGGAUUUGCCUGAAAAUGACGCAGAGACAGUGCAGCCCUCCACCGGUAACUCCUGCUCCAGCUCCCCUUACUCCUCCUGGAUGGACAGCGACCGGACCCCUUGUCUCUUUUCAGAUGAGAGCAGCCUGGAGACUGCCCCAGACUCAACCAAGUCAGAUGAGUCUUCUCCGGACUCAGAGGCCGAGAAGAAGAAGUGCCGCGUGCUCUUCUCCAAGGCCCAGACCUUCGAGCUCGAGAGGCGUUUCCGUCAGCAGCGCUAUCUGUCAGCACCAGAGCGCGAGCAGAUUGCCCAUAUUCUCCGCCUGACGCCGACGCAGAUUAAGAUCUGGUUCCAGAACCACCGGUACAAAAUGAAGAGGUCACGAGCGGAGGGAACGUCACAAGACAUAAACCAACCGUCUAUGUUGCGCAGAGUAGUGGUACCCAUCCUAGUUCGGGAUGGCAAGCCGUAUCAGACCUGUUUCAUUGACACGGAGAAAGGAGGCUGUCUUGGACCGACCACAUUCCCGGGUACACCCUUUAGUUUUGGGUACCAGUCUUUCCAGCAUCCGUCGCCGUUCUCUCUACCUCAACAAUACCAGCACUUUGCCAGCCCGGCAGCAUCCAGACACACCUUUGCUUGGAGAGACUUUCUGAACGACUCAGCUCAAUUCAGUGCUUUUACGUGA